AUGGCGGAUCACGGUAGGGCCAAAUCGGACAUCUCCUUCGCCGGAACUUUUGCCAGUAGUGCUUUUGCUGCUUGCUUCGCUGAGAUCUGUACUAUUCCAUUGGAUACUGCCAAAGUUCGGCUGCAAUUGCAGAAGAAGGCUGUGAAUGGAGAUGGUUUGGGUUUGCCGAAAUAUAGGGGAUUGCUAGGAACAGUUGGAACUAUAGCCAGGGAAGAAGGCUUAUCAGCCCUUUGGAAGGGUAUUGUGCCUGGAUUACACCGUCAAUGCCUCUACGGUGGUUUGAGGAUUGGAUUAUAUGAACCCGUUAAAACCUUAUAUGUGGGAAAAGAUCAUGUUGGAGAUGUACCGUUGUGGAAGAAAAUACUUGCUGCCCUUACGACUGGUGGUGUGGCGAUUGCUAUUGCCAAUCCUACCGAUCUUGUCAAAGUAAGACUUCAAGCAGAGGGGAAAUUGCCACCUGGUGUGCCCAGGCGUUAUUCCGGAGCGCUAAGUGCUUACUCUACGAUUGUGAGACAGGAAGGAGUUAGAGCUUUGUGGACUGGACUAGGACCUAAUAUCGCACGCAAUGCAAUUAUAAAUGCUGCUGAACUAGCCAGUUAUGAUCAAGUGAAGCAGACGAUCCUGAAAAUUCCUGGUUUCUCAGACAAUGUUUUCACCCAUCUCUUAGCUGGUUUAGGAGCUGGUUUCUUUGCUGUCUGUAUAGGCUCUCCCGUCGAUGUGGUCAAAUCGAGGAUGAUGGGGGAUUCUGCAUACAAAAGCACACUUGAUUGCUUUGUCAAGACUUUGAAAAAUGAUGAGUAG